AAAAUUUGUUCGAAUUUGCACCGAGUGUAAGUUAGAGUAAAGCUUCCUGCGCAAGUCAACGGACGCCAUUUUUUUUUGCCCAAAAAACAAAGAUGGCGAUCGGCUCGUGUCUUUAGUUAAAUCAUCGCAAUUUAUAAUUUAUUGUUCGUUACGUUUUGGUUGAUUUCAAAAAACUGUGAAUAAGGCUGAUUUAUAAAACUGGUUGGACAAGAAAGCUAUAUUCUCCUAGAGUGAUGAAAUCAAUCUAAUCCAUUGUUCGAUACUCAUUGAAAAUGGAGGUAGAUACAGUUUGCAUCUUGGAUUCAGAUGACGAAUCCCAUGAAAGUCUUGACGAUAAAUUGACAUUGACUGAUGAAAUAGUUGUAAAUAAAAUGAUUAAAACCGAGAUUAAAACAGGAGAUAUAUUGAUGGAGUAUUCUGAUAAUGAAGUUGACGAUGAUAAUUUCGACACUAACAACUUGAUAGAAUAUGAUGAGGCUAGUAAUCAACCUGAUGAUGAUGAUGAUGUUAUCGUGAUUGUUGAAGACAUUUCUCCAAAUGGUAAAACAUCACCACUAUGCAAGGUUUUUCAAACAGCAGACAAAAUCAAAAAAGAACAUCCUUCAGAGCCACUAGUGGAUGGAGCAAGCUCUUCUUUACCAAAACAUGAUGAUGCUGAAACUCCCUUCUGCUUUAUAGCCUCUGCAUACUCCUUGGCAACUUCAAAGUCGCCAAUAAUAAUUGAAGAAAACCCUCAAGAAGAAACUGAAAGUGCCAUUAAUGAAGUUUGCCAUGAAAAUUUAAUACCAAAUGAUGUUGAAGCUGAAGAUAAAGAAAACGAUGAUCCUGAAAGUGUAAAUAAGCCCUUUUGCUUUAUUGGCUCUCCGUACACAGUGCCAGAAACAAGUUUGACUGAAAAAAGUCAGGAAAAAAGUAUUCAUUCGCCACAAAAUCUAGAUUCUUCCAAUAGUGAUCUUAUAAGCUUUGUGGAAGAGGAUUUAAAGCCCAAAGAAGCUGCAGAAGAAAAUGAUGUGGUUGCUCCAAGCUUUGUAGAAAAAGAUUCAUUACUUUUGGAGUCCACUAAUGAAAAUGAUCUAGAGAUUGUUCCAAGCCUUGUAGAGUCCACCAAUGAAACUGCUACAAUUUCUGUAGUAGAAGAUUCAUCGAUUUCCAAAGAAAAUAGUAAUAAUCAAAGUUCUGUAGAAGAUGAGUUGUUCAAUAAAAUUGAUGAAGAUCAAAGUUUGAAACAUGUGUCCAGCUUUGCAGAAGAAAGUUUCAAAAAGAAUGAUGAAAAUGUUACAAGUGAUGUUGAUGAGGAGGCUUUGCUUUUGUAUUCUUCAGAAGAAUAUGAUACUCCAAACUAUGCAGAAGAAGAUUUACUGCUUAUGGAUUCGCCUAUACAAGAUGAUAUUCCAAAACGUGCCACUGUAAAAGACGUUCUGUGGCUUGUGAAAGAAAGAAGUGAAAGUAACACUCCAACCGCUACGAGCAGUGUUGUCGAUACAUCUAGAGGAGGAGAUAAAAUUAUAGUAGAAGAUUCAUUACCUGAGUCUGUAGAAGAAAAUAGUGAAGUUGCAACAAGCUGUUUUGAAGAAGAUUCGCUGCUUUUGGACCCUGUCAGAGUAGGAAGCGAAACUUCCAAAGAUGACACAAGCCUUAAUGAAGGAGAUUCAUUACUUGUCACUUCUUCAGAAGAAAGGAGUGAAGCUAACACGCCAAAAACUACUCAAAGCAGUGUCGAAGAGGAUUCACUCAGAGAAAACAGUUCAAAGGAUGCUACAAACUUUGUAGGAAAGGAUUGUUUGUCUAAAGAAGAUGCUGUGUGUAAACUUCUAAAUUGUACAAUGCUUAUGGAAUCUUCUUUAGAAAAUGCUGCAAACUGUAUUGUAGAAGAUUCAUUGCUUUUGGAGUCUUCUAAAGAUGUCAAAGUUGUAGAACAAGAUUCACUACAAUCUCCUGCAGAAGAUAAUGAAGAUGAAAGUUUAAAUAAUGUUUCAAGUUUUAUAGAAAAAGAUACAUUGUCUUUAGAAAGUUCCAACAGUCCUGGAACAGAAGAGGAAGAAUCUAUUGAAGCUAAUUCUAAUCUGGAAAAGAUCGACAAUAAUGUAGAACAAGAUUCACUACAGUCUACUGAUGAAAAUAAUGAAAAUGAAGGUUUCAAUAAUGCUUUAAGCUUUGCAGAAAAAGAUGCUAUGCUUUUGGAAAGUUCUAACAGUCCAGAAGAGGGACAAUCUAUAGAAGUGAACUUUAAUCUGAAAAGGACCUACAAUAAUGUAGAACAAGAUUCACUACAGUCUCCUGAAAAAGAAAAUACAGACGAGAGUCUUAAUAAAGCUUCAAAUUUUGUAGAGAAAGAUACAUUGCCUUUGGAAAGUUCUCACCGAGGUUCUCACAGUCCUGAAACCGAAGAGCGACAAUCUAUAGAAGGUAAUUCUAAUAUAGAGAAGACCGACAAGAAUGAUAAAGAUUCAUUGGUUUUGGAGUCUUCUGAAGAUGUCAAAGUUGUAGAACCAGAUUCACUACAGUCUUCUGAAGAAGAUAAUAAAGACGAAAGUUUUAAUAAUGCCUCAAGCUUUGCAGAAAAAGAUGAGUUGCCUUUGGAAAAAUCUAACAGUCCAAAACAUGGCACAGAAGAUGUGGGACAAUCUAUAGAAGCCAAUUCAAAUCUGGAAAAGACUGACAAUGAUGAUAAGGAUUUAUUGCUUUCAGAGUCUUCUAAAGAUGUCAAAGUUGUAGAACAAAAUUCGCUACAGUCUCCAGAAAAAAAUAAUGAGGAUGAAAGUCUUGAUAAUGCUUCAAGCUUUGUAGAAGAAGAUACAUUGCCUUUGGGAACUUGUAAUUUGGAAAAGACCGACAAUAAUGAUAAAGAUUCAUUGUUUUUGGAAUCCUCUAAAGAUAAUGAAAAAAAUCUAAAAGUUCUAGAACAAGAUUCACUACAGUCUCCUGAAGAAGAUAAUGAAGAUGAAAGUCUUGAUAGUGCAUUAAGCUUUUCGGAAAAAGAUGUAUCACCUUUGGAAAGUACUAACAGUCCAAAACAUGGAACAGAAGAGGGACAAUCUAUUGAAGCUAAUUCUAAUCUGGCGAAGACUGACAAUAAUAAUAAAAAAUCAUUGGUCUUGGAGUCUGCUAAAGAUAAUGAAAAAGAUAUAAGUCUAAAAGUUGCAGAACAAGAUUCACUACGGUCUCCUGAAAAAGAUAAUAAAGACGAGAGUCUUAAUGAAGUUUCAAACUUUGUAGAAAAAGAUACAUUGUUUUUAGAAAGUUCUGGAAUAGAAGAGGAAGAAUCUAGAGAAGCUAAUUCUAAUGUGGAAAAAAUCGACAAUAAUGUAGAACAAGAUUCACUACACUCUCCUGAAGAGGAUAAUAAAGAUGAAAGUGUUAAUAAUGCAUCAAGUUUUUUGGAAAAAUAUGUAUUGCCUUUGGAAAGUACUAACAGUCCAAAACAUGGCACAGAAGUUGAGGAACAAUCUAUACAAGCUAAUUUUAAUCUGAUGCCAAAGACCAAUGAUAUUCAUAAGGAUUCAUUGCUUUUGGAGUUUUCUAUAGAUGUUAAAGUUUUAGAACAAGAUUCACAACAGUCUCUUGAAGAAAAUAAUGAAGAUGAAAGUCUUGAUAAUGCUUCAGAAAAAGAUGCAUUGUCUUUGGAAAGUUCUAACAGUCCAAAACAUGUCACAGAAGAGGCACAAGCUAAUUCUAAUCUGGAAAAGACCGACAAUAGUGAUACAUUAGUGAAAGGUACUUCUGAAGAUCAUACAGUACCAGAUAUUAAUAAUGAUGCAAGUACAAGUGCAAUAAGAAAUGACGAGGAUGUGCAAGAGAAUGAUGAAGAGAAUAACGAAACAUUGAAAGAUUCAGAAGAAAUAAGAAACAGUAUAAGAAUGCAACUGACAAAUCUAAGAAAAGGCAAAAAUAAGUUUAAUUUUUUUAAAGAUGUUCAACCAAAGACAAGCUUUUUUGCCAGAACUGAUGAAGAAGUCAUUAAGAAGCCGUUUGUACAACCCAAAAUUGUUACUGUUUCAACUGUAGAAAAACGACAGCCUGAAGUUAUAAGACCAAAAGAAACCGAAAAAGUCGAACCUCAAGAGGAUGACAAUGUAUCGAACGCAUUAAGUGAACUAAGAAAAAUUAUAAACAAACCUAAAUUAUUUUCUAAAAAAGAAGCAAAUAAACAAGGACCGAAUAAAACGACCACCGCAAAUGAACCAGUUGAAACUAAACCUGUACAUAGACCCAAUAAUAGCUCAUCUACUACUACUGACAUAAGAAAAAUUAUAGGAACGCUCAAUACCGAUAUCGAAGACAGCAAUUCUAACGAUAAACUCGACAGCGAAUUAAAUGAUAAUAACAGCAAUCCAUUUGUUAGUAACACCCUUGACGAAUUCUUAACAGACUCAAAAUUAAAUGUAAGCUAUGACAUACCAAAAAGUGCAGCCGAAGAAGGUAUUAUAAAAGAUUACUCCUUGGACCCUUUGAUGUUAAUCGAUCCCCAAACCUCUAAAGAUGAAGAAGAAAAAGCAGACAAAGAUACUAAAAAAAUCACUAAAGCAAGUGCAUACAAGCCAAAAACUUUAGCCGAAAAAAGGCGAAUUUUGGAAAAAACCAAACUUGAACAAAAGAACAUUAAGGAUGAAUUUGAUACAAGAAGUUAUGUAAUGUUUAAAAAUAAAAAGGUGUUCCUUCAUAGCAAGUACCAAAGCAAAUGUUUAGCGUACGUCGAGUCUGAUGUACCAAAAAAACCAGUUCGAGCAUUAGAAGUAAAUAAGCCAUCACUCUUAAAGGAAUUAUUUCGCAAAUCUUCUCCUGUCAAAUAUAGACCUGGCCCUUUAUCAAGAAAACACAGGCUCCAAUCAGAUUAUUCUCAAUGGACCACUGAACUAAAAUCACUGCCUACAGUUACUUUGAGUAUAAUGCCUGAAUUUCGAAAAGCUGUCCACCCAAAUUUACUAGGCAUCAUCAACAAUCAGUGGGACGCUGAAGUGAGUGAAGAUCAAGUUGAAUUUGCUUUGUCAGCAUUGAAAACGAAUGAACCGCAAAACAAAAUUUUUAAUUUUGAGUUGAAUUAUGAGAAUAAACAGGAAAAAUUAUUGGCCCGUAAGAAAUUACGUAAUGACGGAAUAGCUGCAUUUAAAACAACUGCAAAAAAUUUGUUUAAUCACGAGGAUGAUGAUAAAGUAGUGGCUCAAGUUAUAGAAAAUUUAAUUAAUUAUGUUGAAAUAAAAGAAAUAGCCCCAACAUUGAUUAAAGAUGAAGUUUUUGAUAACGAUGAACAUUUGCUUCAAGAAAAAGUAAUAAAAUAUAAAAGAGGUAAAAGAAGAAACUUUAACAAAACCAACAGAGAACUUUUACGUUUAAAUUGCAAAGUAGUCACUAUGGAAGAGGACGAGGAUGAUACGAAAAAUGAAUGUUCCAAACCUUACUGUCGCUUAGGCUGCGUUUGUAAUUCUCUUAAAUCCGAACACUUAAUAGGAGUAGGAAAACAUUGUCAAAAAGUUGCAUGUAUGUUCGAAUGCAGUUGUCCUAAAUAUGCAAGGGAAUUUUUAACAACUGACACUGUAACUAAAAUCGAAGAUAUCUCCAAGAAAUAUUUAGCCAAAGAAGAAAAAGAAUUCACUCAAACCGUCAUUUGUACUAACGAUAAAACUUUUGUGGUUGGAAUGAGCGCGAAACCAAGAAGAGCAGCAAAACUGCCCAAAAAAUAUUCAGAUUUUUUCGAUGAGGAUGUGUAUGAUGAAAAAUCUACUAUUAACAAAAAGGUGCAACUUAUACCUUGCUCCGUUACAAUGGACAAAUUGAACUUUUCAGGUAUUGUUCCUUAUUGUUGGGUACAUUAUUUAUAUAAUUGCCAUUGCAAUGGAACGAGUAUUUCAUUCGAGAAAAAACUGGCAUCCGAGAACGAUAAGAAAAAACUGACCAGCCGAACCCGAAAAGCGCCAAAAUAUUUCGAACAAAGUAGAUUAUCUGGAAGAAAAGUCCCUAAAAAGUCUUUACAGCAUAAGUAUGUUUAUCAAGAAGAAGAGGAUUUAGAUGAUGAUGGUACAGUUUCCAGAACACUUCCGUAUGAAGACCACUUGGGUCAAGACAGAAAACGUGAAAAUACCGAGGAACUCACUGCAAAUGAUUUUAUAAAUAAUAUGAGUCAAUCUGAUCGAUUGAGAGCUCUCACACUGCGAGAAGUUCCCUUAGAUCGCCUGAACGCUAGUGAUGCAUUGAAGCAGUCAAUUAUUCAAGAAAGGAAACUUGUUAUUGGUCAUCAACGGAAGCAACAACAUAUGGUUCGAGAAGAACAAAGCUCUGAUUUAACUGUGAGAAAAACCAUCACAAGCACUACUCGUCAACGUAAACGUCCAUCCGCUAAAACAUCUAAUCCUGAAUAUCGCAAAAAAAUAAAAAUUGUAGAGGCAAAAUCUGAAUAUAGCACUAGCCAACAAUCUCCACAAAUUACUAGUACAAUAACAGAACAAAAUGAAACCUGUACUACCAUCACACAAUCCAAAGUGGAAUCGGUAUUUGAUGGCGAAAUUAUCUGUAACGACUCUGCUUGGUUGAAAAGAAUGUGCAACAACACGCAACAACCUGCAGACAGCUAUGCCAGAAUUUUACCCUGGGAUGCACUUCUUAAUGGUUUCCUAUUAAAAACCAUCAACGUUUACUGCCUGUGGGACGCACCCCUUAGACUAGUAUUAACCAAAAACAUAAAAAUAAGAGCAGCUAGGUAUCUUGACGUAAUGGAAAGAGGAAGAGACAUAUUAAGAGCGGCAUUAAGAGGCACGAGUAACCCAGGAUUGAUUAGGCAAUCGGAAACUGUUAGAGAUAUUAUCAAGUGGCUGAUAACUGGCAGUUUACAUACAAAAUAUUCAUCAUCCACUUUGUCAUUUCUUCUAGUCGAAGUGCAACCGAAGCGUUUUGAAGUUAGAGGGUGUUGCACUCAAAAACCCAAAACACCUGUGAAAAGCAACAUUCAAUCAACAAUUGUAGAAGCCCCAGAGCCUGAGAUGGCAGACAUUGAAGAGCCUGAGACGGCAGAAAUUCAAUCCGCACCUGUAAGUCCUGCACAGUCCGAAAGUAUGGAACUGAGUGAGGAAAACAAUGAAAAUAUUGAAACAGAUAAUUUGUCAUUGGACGAAUCAGCUCAAAGUGAAUUGACCGAAACCAAACAUAAAAACAUGUACAACCAAGUAAUGUCCUUGUUUAUAACCAGAAGCAAGUUUAAAUCGACUGAAUUAAUAGAAGACGGUUGCGAUGAUGAUUUGAGUGACAACUUGUACAUGUGGGUUGAGCUUCCGAAUGUUCGCAGAUUAGCCAAAUGGCGGGUGAUUUUUUUGAAAAACGACUUUAUGUAUCUGUUUUUUAAAACGGUCAAAUACAGUAUUAAAUAUACGGAUAUAGUUAAGUUAACCGAAAUAGCCAAAGAUUUUAAUUCAACUUUAAUGGUGAGAAAUAUGGAUAUUAGAAGAUGUCACAGCCAUCCUUUAUACGGGCUCCAUAUUAGUCCUAAACAUCUCGAUAGGUUUUUUAUUGGGCCUUAUUAUAUUGACUUUAUGGAUGAGGAUAUUGAUACUUUGGUUUAUAAGAAUCAGUCUUUGGUUAGUAGUUCGUCAUUGAAAGGCGGUGAUAAUACUGAGAAAUGCGGAGCUUGGAUGUUUGAAAGGGGGGAGGCUAAAAUCGCUGUUGUUGAUCUUACAGAGGAUGAUACCCCAACCCCAACCCCAGCUCCAAUCCCGUCCACAUCUUCUUCUUCCACUGUUACACUGGAAUGUCAAGUUGUGCCUCCAGAAACAGUAUCCAAUUUCAUCAUGCCUGAACCUUUUAAAAUACUUAGUAAUAAACCUAGGAUGCCUUCAGAGUUUAACAGAUUUAUUGUAACCAAUAUUCCGCAUUUUGGCUAUUUGGGGGCUUACCAGCCAGACGGUUCCGAAUCGCUUGAAGUUUCGUGGCCUUUUGAAGGGAAAGUCUUGCAGUUUGACAGUUGCGCUCGCGCACGAGAUUUUCUACAAAGGAGAUUUAAGAAUGUGCUCCAACCCAUACCAGUAACAUUCGACAUUCAAGUUAUCGUCCUACUAAAUUUAGAUAGAAACGAAAAUCAGCCAAUCCAAGCUAAAUACUUAAAAGGAAAUUGUAUUUGUGGUUCUUUCGGUACUCGAAGCAUAGACGAAAUCACAGAAGAAUUUUGCCAAAAGGAACUUAAUAUGCCCAAAAAAGACAUACUACAAUUGUUCACCCACAAAGCCCAUGACUAUAUGCAAGCGAAAGUGAACGAUUUAGCAAAAUUGAAUUGCAUCAACUAUAAAAGGGGAGUCAGCGUGAAUGUCAUAUUUGAUAAAACCAAAAACGAAAUUCAAAAGCAACAACAGCAACUGCUCCUAAGAAAGGCAACAAUCGAAACGUUGGAAAACAAGGCAAGAACCAACUUGAAGAAAGUUUACUCCCUUAUUAAAGACUUGCCGAUAACGGAACGAAACUUGGAAACCAAAAUUCUACACGAAACUAUACGGAUAAGACCAAAGGGACUGGGUUCAAUUAAUGCAACUAGGGUUAUUGAAAUUCCCGAUGAUGAUGCCGUGCCUAGUACCAGUGGAGCGAAUUUCAAUUUUCCUAAUACCAGUGGAGUAAAUUUCAAUAUUCCUAGUACCAGUGGAGUGAAUUUCAAUGUUCCUAGUACCAGUGGGGUGAAUUUCAGUGUUCAUAGUACCAGUGGGGUGAAUUUCAAUGUUCCUGGUACCAGUCUGCUGAAACCAGUUUCCACACCAAUACAACAACGUUCGGUACCUAGCUUGUAUCCAAUAAGCGCCUCUAAUAAUAAUAAAUCGCUUCUAAAGAUCAAUGCACAAAAAAAUGUUCCUGAAGAGGAUUCUUCUGAAGAUGUUGUCUGGAUAAUAGAGUAAGGUCAAUCUUUUGUACAGCUAGUUUUUAAAAAUUUGUUUUGUAAAGAAUUAUUAAUUUUCUUUUAUUUUUUUAAGUGUUAUAAGGGCAUUUUUUUUUAACUCCUAUAAUGUCUUACAUGCCAAACUGAAUAGUUUUUAAAUGCAAAAAAAAAGUGAUAUGAAACUUAAGAAAAAACUUAUGAUUUGAAUAUUAAGUUUAGUUUAUAUAAGCUUAGUUCCAACACACCAGGAAACCGUACAAUGUACUGUCACGAUUCUGCGCAGAACUAUAAAUUUGUGCGUAAAACCCGAUAUUCGUCUACUGAGUGGCUUCGAAACCGUUCGUGGGACGGUUUUUUGACAUGUUGGAACAGACCUAUUAUAAGUUAAUUUUCGUUUAUUUAUUAAUACCGCGUUCUCGAUUUCUUUUUAUGUACAAAUAAAAACGAAAUUUAAUUAUUGUUUUUUAUUUAAUUUCUUAAAUGUUUAUACUUCCAUACCUUGUCAGAUAGCAACUAGUUUUAUUAAUAUCACACACAUACAAAUAAUAAUAAUUAACAUCUAUUCAUUUUUAAAUUUCAAAAUCUUUUUAUGAUCAGUUAUCUCUUGCAAUUUAUCUAAAUUGUCCCACCAAAACUUGAGUCUGUGUUUCAAAAUCAACGCAAACCAAGGAGUCCAUUGUCCGGUUAAAGUAGGAACGAAAUCGUCAAACUCCUUUCUAGGCACAAAACUAAUCUCCGAUACUUCUUGAGGGUUUGGUUUCAGUUUGACGUCUUGCUGCAUGAACAAAAUGUAAUCGAUUUCGUGUUCUCCGUAUUUGCCGUUGCCUUGGUCUUUGUAGUGGACUCGUGUGAUGUAGUGCAUUUUUUCUAUUGGUAUUGUUUCGAUAGCUAUGCCUAGUUCGUGGUUUAGACGUCUUUGGGCUGCUUUUUUGAUUCCUACAUCGCCUUCGUCUUCGCCUGGGAAGUUUGCUAGAGGGUGGCUGCAACAUGUGUUGGUGUAACAAUCUGGAUAUGUCAGCUA